AUGGAGGUAGUAAGAGUACAAACAAUAGCUCAUGAAUCCAAAGACUCAACAAUUCCGUCCAUUUUCCUUAGAGCAGAAACAGAACAACCAGGAACAACAACCGUUCACGGUGUGAAACUAGGUGUACCCAUUAUCGAUUUCAGCAACCCAAAUGAAGAAAAGUUAGAAAAUGAGAUAAUGGAAGCGAGUAAAGAGUGGGGAAUGUUUCAAAUUGUGAACCACGAGAUUCCAAAUGAAGUUAUAAAAAAGUUACAAAGUGUUGGAAAAGAGUUCUUUGAGUUACCACAAGAAGAAAAAGAGGUUUAUGCUAAACCUGUUGUUGGGUCAAAUUCUUCGGAAGGGUAUGGAUCAAAGCAUCAGAAAGAGUUGAGUGGGAAGAAAGGUUGGGUGGAUCAUUUUUUCCACAUUAUAUGGCCACCUUCCAAUGUUGAUUACCGUUUUUGGCCUAAAAACCCUCCCUCUUACAGGGAGGUGAAUGAGGAAUAUGGCAAGUACAUACGUUUAGUGACAGAAAAACUGUUGAAAAACAUGUUAAUUGGACUUGGGUUUGAAGAACAUGAACUAAAGUCAGCUACAGGUGAAGAUGAGAUGAUUCACCUAUUGAAAAUAAACUACUACCCACCUUGUCCAUGUCCUGAUCUUGUCUUAGGCGUGCCACCACACACAGAUAUGUGUUACAUUACCAUUCUUGUUCCCAACGAGGUGGAGGGACUUCAAGCCUCUAGAGAUGGUCAAUGGUAUGAUGUUAAGUAUAUCCCUAAUGCUCUCAUCAUUCACAUUGGCGACCAAAUGGAGAUACUAAGCAAUGGGAAAUAUAAGGCUGUGUUGCAUAGAACAACAGUGAACAAAGAGGAGACAAGAAUGUCUUGGCCAGUGUUCAUUGAGCCCCAAGAACAGCAUGAAGUUGGUCCUCACCCAAAGUUUGUUAACCAAGACAAUCCAUCCAAGUAUAAGACCAAGAAAUAUAAGGAUUAUGCUUAUUGUAAGCUUAAUAAGAUCCCUCAGUAA